AUGUGUGUGUUUCUCGUACAGCAGAGCUCAGUGAGUUGAGUCUUCUGGUGGAGGAGUUGGGGGGCCGCACCUCACAACUGAAUAAGACAAAGCUCCUUCUGGCAUCUGAGGUGGAGGAUGUGAAAAAGCAACUAGAGGAGGAAAAAAAGGUCAGGGGCCUGGCUGUGUCCUCCUUGUCCAGUUUGAAGCUGGAGUAUGAAAUGUUGAAGGAUCAGCUGGAGGAGGAGAUGGAGGGUAAGUCCGAGCUGCAGCGUCAGAUCUCCAGACUGAACGGUGAGGUCACUCACUGGAGGACACGAUACGAGAACGAGGCCGGUCAGCGGACGGAGGAGCUGGAGGAGUCCAGGAGGAAGCUCAGCGGCCGCUUACAGGAAGCAGAAGAAGCUCUGGAGGUGACUCAGGCCAAGUGCUCCAACCUGGAGAGGGUGAAGCAAAGGCUGCUGGGAGAGGUGGAGGACAUCUGCCUGGACCUGGAGAAGGCCGGCGCUGAAGCAGCGGUCCUGGAUAAGAAGCAGCGAGCUCUGGAUAAGCACCUUGCGGACUGGCGCCAGAAGUAUGAGGACAUUCAGAGAGAGCUGGAGGCGUCGCAGCAGGAGUGCCGCCAUUACGCUGCCGACCUCUUCAAAAUCAAAACUGCAUUUGAGGAGACUCAUGAACAACUGACGUUGAUGAAGCGGGAAAACCGAGCGCUGCAAGAUGAGGUCGGCGACCUGUCCGAGCAGCUGCAGGACGUCACCAGCAGCGCCCACGAGCUCCAGAAAUCCCGGAAGAAGGCGGAGAUGGAAAAGGAGGAGAUGCAGGCGGCGUACGAGGAGGCGGAGGCUGCGCUGGAGGCAGAAGAGAGUAAAGUGGUGAAACUUCAACUUGAGAUGACACAGCUGAAGACAGACACCGAGAAAUGCAUCCAAGAUAAGGAAGAAGAGUGCGAAGCCACCAGGAAGAACCACCAGCGUUCUAUGGAGUCUCUUCAGGCCAGCUUAGAGGCGGAAGUGAAAGGUCGGGCAGAAGCAAUGAAGACAAAGAAGAAACUAGAAAAUGAGGUCAAUGAACUUGAAAAUCAGUUGGAAAGUACCAAAAGAAGCAAUGCAGAACUAGUGAGGCUGAUAAAGAAGCUACAGCAGCAAAUCAAGGAUGUUCAGAUGCAGAUGGAAGAUGAGUCUCGCCAGCAUGAUGACACUCGAAAUCAGCUUAACCUCCUGGAGAGACGUAACAGUAUCCUGACCUCUGAGCUAGAAGAGAUGAGGAGUGUGGUGGAGGCCUCUGAGCGAUCUCACAAGACUAUGGAGAUUGAGUUGAUAGAUCUGACAGAUAAAUGCAAUGAACUGAAUAAUCAGCUCCUGUCGGUCUCUGCCAUAAAGAAGAAGCUGGAGGGAGAUAUGCAGCAGCUAACGGCUGAGAAUGAAGAUUAUGUGAAUGAGAUCAGGACGUCUGAGGAGAAGCUUCGUAAAGCAGCGUCAGAGACGUCCCGCUUGGCAGAAGAGCUACGACAUGAGCAGGAGCACACACAGCAGCUUCAGAAGAUCAAGAAAGGACAAGACAGCCAGAUCCAAGAGCUGAACAACAAGGUGGAGGAGGCAGAGCAGAUGAUGCUACAGGAUGGAAGAAAGCUCGUCCAGAAAAUGGAGUUGCGGAUUAAAGAUCUUGAGUUGGAACUGGACAUCGAGCAGAAGAAGCACAUGGAGACCACAAAGACACUGAAGAAAAAUGAGCGCCGCCUAAAGGAGCUGGUCUUUCAGGCUGAAGAAGACCAGAAGACACAGCAAAGGAACCAAGAUGUGAUUGAGAGGAUGCAGAGCAAAGUGAAGCUGUACAAGAGGAUGGUGGAAGAGACGGAGGAACAGGCGAACUUGAAUCUCAGUAAAUACCGCAAAUCCAUCAGUGACCUGGACGAGGCGGAGGAGAGGGCGGACGUGGCGGAGGCCGCUCUCACCAAGAUCCGCAGUAAACACAGGGCCAGCUUCAGGAAAGGAUUUCCUUUGGGCCGCACAUCCCCCGCCGAUCUACAUAUCGGGACUCCCAGCGUAUUUGGCUCCGAGGCACGAGGCGAGAAGAUGGAGGACGACCCAACCUCUCUCAUCCCAAAAUACCUGGACUCUUUGAGGAAAUUCACAGCCGACUGAAGACUGGAAAUCAAUCAGUCCUGUCCUUAUUAACAGCUAUUAUCCGGCUGACAACCUUAUGGCCAACAUCCCAGCUGCCACAAGUUGUCACCCGGCUUUUCCUACAAGUCUGAAAAGAAAAUGUCAUUAUUUUGACACCCAGCUUUCCUGAAAGCCUGAAAAUUUUAUAUGAAAGACCAUAACACCAGCAUUUCCAGAAGC